AUGAGACAAUUAGAUAUAAAUUUAAGAGAAUAUUUACGAAAAAAUCAUGAUAAACUUAUAUGGAAAGAAAGAAUAAAAAUUACUGUUAAUAUCAUAAAAGCACUUGUCAGCAUUCAUAAAGAAAAUUUAAUUCAUAGAGACUUACAUUCAGGAAAUAUAUUAUAUGAUUGCUAUGAUACCAAUUCUUGGUUUAUUAGUGAUUUUGGGUUUUGUGGCCCCGCUGGUAAAUCAACAGAAAGUAUAUAUGGUAAUCUUCUUUAUAUAGCACCAGAAGUCAUUAAUGGAAACGAAACUACUUUUAAAUCUGAUAUUUAUAGUAUUGCAAUGCUCAUGUGGGAAAUUUCAGCUGGACAACCACCAUUUUUUAAUUAUGAAAGAGACAAUAACCUUGCCACGAAUAUAAUAAGCGGAAUGAGACCAGAAAUAAUAACGGGAACUCCUACACAAUAUAAAGAAUUAAUAAUUCAAUGUUGGGAUAAUGAUCCAUUAAAAAGACCAGAUAUUGAUACACUUAAGGAAAAAAUCAAUAUAUUAUAUCAAAAUAUGCCAAAUGCAAGUGAUAAUUUAGGAAUUUUUAGUAGUAACUUUUUAAAUAAAGCUCAAACAGAAGAAAAAUGUACAGAAGAAAAAUGUACAGAAGAACAAGACGAAGAAUUUCAUAGUAAAUUAUACGACGACUUCAAUAUUCCUGAUAAUAUCGAUGACUUUGAUAAUACAAAUGAUGAUAAUAAUAAUAAAGCAAAUAACAUUAUUAAAGAUAUAAGCAAUGAAAAAUCUUUCUUAUCAAAUGAGUAUAUUCAAAGAGAAAUUCAAGAAGCGAUUCAAGGAAUAAUCCAACAUCGAGAGGAAAAAUAUUAUAUAGUCCAAAAACAAAUAAUGAAGUAUCAUCAAUAUUUUAUUAUUGAAAAAUAUGAUGUACAGAACAAUCCAAAUCUUCAUGAUAUUCAAAAAAGAGAAAAAAGAAACCCGAUAAUGAACAGUAGAUUUUCUGAUUCUAGAUCACGUGAUAUUAGCCUGAUAAAAAGUAUGUUUAUCUUACAUAAACUCUCGUUUUAAAAUAUUAACAUAUCAACUUAAUGAUUCUAUUUAAUAAUAUGGUUUUUAAAGCAUGUUAUGAAAGUUAUGAUAGUAAUGCUUAUAAUUUUAGUAUUCCUGAUGAUGGUAAGUAUUUAUUGAAAUUAAUUUUUAUUAUUAUAU